AUGGAUUAUAAGGAAGAACAGAAGCAGGAACUAGAAGUUUUAGAGUCCAUUUAUCCUGAUGAACUGAGGAUCAUAAACGAUGAAUACCCAAAGAUUAAAUUUGAAGUAGCCAUUAAAUUAGAGCUGGAUACAGGUGAUUCUACUUCUGUUUUAACCAAAGAGCACACUAUAAUCGCCGAAUUCAAGUUACCAGAAAACUACCCUGACGAACCAUGCCUGAUUUCAUUGGAAGCUCAAGAAGUAGCCCUCAAUGACAACGAAGAAGAUAACGAGGAAGAUGAAGACGAGGUUGAAUAUGACGACCAUGGUAAUAAAGUACUGAAAAAGUUUGAAAACCUGCCAGAUUUAAUAAGCUUUAAGGGGUACUUGCCUGAAUUAACCGUACAAUUAGAAUCGCAAAUCGAAACCGAUAUGUUAUUGGGUAUGCAAAUGUGUUUUGCAUUGAUUUCAUCCAUAAAAGAAAGAUGUGAGCAAUGGUAUAGUGAACAAUUGAAUAAGCUCGAGAAGCAGUACGAGCUGGAAGCACAAGAACGUGAAAAGAAGGAACAGGCCAAGUUCCAUGGUACUAAAGUCACAAGAGAAUCGUACUUGGAAUGGAGGUCUAAAUUUCGCCAAGAACUGAAACUGGAUGAAAGAGACCAGGUGAGAAGGAUGAAGGCUCAUCAUGGGAAGCUAACCGGUAAGCAAAUGUUUGAACAAGGCGUGGUGGGCACAGGCGACGAGUAUAUGGAAGAGGAUGACGCGAGUGUAGAUGACGUAGCCAAGGGACUUGCCAAGACCGAAAUAGCAAAUCAAUAA